AUGUCGGACGGGAGAGUUGAAUUGACGGUUGCAUCCUUCCAUGUCGCUGUGGACAUUUUCGCUGAACACGACCCAUCAGCAUCGCUCAGGGCCUUCGAACGCUUGUCAGACUCUGCAAUCGGUCUCUCUGCUUUUCCAAAGCUCAUUAUCCGCAACAAGGCUCUACUCGAACAAUUCUGGCAUGUCUGUAUCUGGUUGGGCGUUCAUCUGCACGUGAGAAAGGCGAUCGAUCCUCAGUCUUCCAGCAGUGCCACUGCCAUUGACUGGUUCGCGCAGCAGUUCAGCCUGCAACACAACGACUGGGGCUCGGGGCUUGAAUGGAAGUGGAGGUCCACGAAACACAGCAGGUUCUCUCACAGUGACUGGUUUGCCGACGUUCCUCUACCGGAGAAUCCGAGCAAGGCUUUUUGCGAGCAGCUGGCCAAAAUUGCGAAACACCCUCAGACCACCCUACAGGACUUCAAGCGCACAUUUCCUAUCUUCCUCCAGGAUUUCUUCGACACCAACCGCACCGGACUUCACAAGAGAAGGCUUCACGACCAAGGCCGCUUCCGUAUCGGAUCAGCAGAGCUCAAGCACUACUAUACCGCUCAUAUAGAUCUACGUGCUGCAGAGUGGGCAACAAACAACCUGCCUCCUGCUCCUAAGCAACGACGCGUGUCUGGGGCAGCUGAUUUGGAAGUCGAGAACGUGCGAUGUAGUGAAAAGGCACUUGACAACCUCCCUGACGAUAGUGUUCUCAACCAACCGGUGCCUGAAGAAAGCACCUCGUUCGCGUCUCCUCGGCGAUUUCCCCCUCAUUCACCCCAUUUCUCGCCUCUCGACUUUUCUGACGAGGUUACCGUGCUGACCCAGUUCCUUCCCGACGACAUGACACUCCGAUCCGGCUUUUCACCUGCCACUCGCGCUAAUUCCCGAGAGUCCCGGGGCAGCGUCAUAGCUCCGAGCCUGUCGGAGCGCGUAGCACGGGCUGUUGCACCGGAGAUGCAAGAUCUCUACAAGGCCGCAGAACAGCUGCAAUCCGCUCGUGCAGCUAGAGAUCGCGCGAGAGUCGAUGCAGAUGCCAUCAAGGAUCAAUUCAACGAGCAGGAAGAGGUAGAGUACAAAGACUUCGACGACCUGCAAGAACGCCAUCAGGUUGCCACUAGCAAAGUCUCCUCAGCGCAAGGGCAGUCAGACUUACUCGAGCAAGCGAAAGCUUUGAGGGUGUCGACAUUCGGCGAAGACGACUUUUUCGACAACAUUCUCACAUUGGCGCAAGGCGAGAUGGCCGAGUUCACGGCUAGAGUUCAUGUGCUUGAGACUUGGAAAAACGACAUUGCGGCUGCUGAUGACGCCCUCGACGCCGCGAACUCGGCGGUGGAGCAAGCUAUGGCGCCAGUGAAGAAGCUCAAGGAGGAGAUUGUCGAGGAGCUCGAAAACUGUAAGAGAGCUGUCGAAGCCGUAGACUUCUCGCCGCCAUCAGCAAGCAAACGGGCGAGGAAUGUGUAGGGCAGUGAAAUGGUAUCAUGAUUUACGUGCUAUAUAUGCUUCCAGUGUAUAGUUUCUACAAAGGUCAGGCAUGGAAUGAUCGUGUCGAGGUUGCAGCAUCUCAAUAUAAUAUAUGUCUUUAAGAAAUUCAAAAU